AGUUAUGGAAUACGGCACAUUUUGAAAACAUGAUCGCCAACCUUGGCUGAGUAGUUGUUUUUGUGAAGUUACAGUGAGAAGUCGUUUUGCGAUUUUGGAACCAGCGAAAAUGAUCUAUUUUUAUCUGUUGGCUUUAAUAGCCACGGUGGGUCUGGCCUCCCCGCCGAAAUCUGCAAUCCAGCGUCCCUGCUACCCCGGCGACCUCGCGUGCGUCAGAGACAACCUCAAAGCCAACUCCAGAUGCAACGCCAACGUCCGGGGGUCCAUACCCUCGGCAUACAACGUGCCGUAUUACAGAUUCGAAACCCCCUACUUCAAGUCUUCGUAUGUGGAGAAGAAUCUCAUUAUCAGGAAUCAUAAUCGCUGCGAGCUUAUUGAUUUCUUUUUCAAUACGGCAACGGAUAAGGCUGUGAUCGCCGUGGACUGUGUAGACAUGAACUUCGAGUCCGACCGUACGCUGCUGCAGCACGAGUCUUACAAGGAAGACCGGGUCUACAACUACCACAUCAAUGGAACUUACCCCAUCCUACGCCUGACGACUACGAUCGAUAAUGCUAACGAUAUCGACUUCUGCAAAGAAUUCACUUACACAGAAGUUCCCAUCUUGCCCGUCUUCCAUAUUGAUCCUAAAGAUAAACCAACGCAAAACUUCUUGACGCGGGAACUUUCUGAACUCAUUAUAUACGAGACAGAAACCUUUGCGUACCGAGGACAAGAAAUCAUGAGUCUGUUCGUGCAAUCUCUCAUUUGUGACUUUGGUUGUAAAAUUUACUAAUAAAAUGACUUAAAUCGCUUUA